AUGCACACUCAUGUAAUAUUUCUUCUCUUAAUCGCGCCAAUCACGUUUGGGGCUCCGAUUUUUCUAGGGCGACCAAGAACAAAUCAGGAUGAAGUAGCUCAGUUUCCUACCAAUAGUAUUAAUCUGGGCCAUGUUUUGCAGCCUAAUUUUGAUUACCCGAUUUUUGGUCGGUCAACUAUGGCCAAUGAGAAUGAUGGAGAUGAUGAUAAUUCGUCAGCCAAUAGGAAGCGAGGGUUAAAUGGUAAAGAAUGGAAUAAAAAUGACCUAGAGGCAUACCUGACGAUGUUCGGAUAUAUGAACGCCUUCACGAAAAUUAAAAUCGCCGAGCUGGUCGAAAAUAAUAAUAAUAAUAAUAACAAUAAUAAUAACAACAACAAAGAUGAUGAAUAUGAUGACGAUUUAACGUUAAGAGGAGCGUUUGAAAAAUUUCAAAGGCUAAAUAACAUACCUGUCACUGGCAUAUUUGACCCAGCAACAAAGAUACUGUUUAACACCCCAAGAUGUCAACUGCCUGAUGACGCAACAAUGACGUCAUGGAGUUAUGAUGAGAGUAAUCCUGAAAAAACAAAGAUGGUGGUGGUGAAGAAGAAAAGGAGGAGGAAGAGAUAUGAAUUGUUAGGAACAGUUUGGGGAAAGCCUACCUUAACAUACAACAUUGUUAAUUAUCCAUCUUCUAACGGGCUUAACAUUCCACUGACUGAUUACAUCAUCAUGACUUCAUUUAAUGAUUGGUCAGCCGUUGCACCAAUCACGUUUCAGAAAAGUUCUGAAAACCCGGACAUAAAAAUAAAUUUCGUGAAGUAUAAUCACGGGGAUAAUUUUCCCUUCGACGGCCCUGGAGGCAUUUUGGGGCAUUCCUUCAUGCCCCCUUCAGGGCUACUCCAUUUGGAUGAUUCAGAAAAGUGGACAAGUGAUAGCGGGCAAAUAACAGGCGGAGUCAACCUCAGACAAGUGGCCACACACGAAAUAGGCCACGUAUUAGGGCUAGGUCACAGUUCAGACACGACCUCCAUCAUGUAUGCCUUCUUCAGUUACAAGCCAAAUUUCGCGAUACAACCAGACGAUAUAAGGGGGAUACAUUUUUUAUACGUUAAAAAAGCGCGAACAACGGCGGUCCCGGACACACCACCCUGGCCACAGAAGCCGUCAGAUGACGUCACGCCGGUGCCACACUACAAUUGGAAGAUAAAAUUACAAUGGCUGACGUUCUAA